AUGGCGCCGGGCCACCGCCACACUGGCACAGCAUCAGUUGCCUGGACGACGUGCUCCAGAGACUACUACAGGAGGAAUGGGAAGCCAACCGCCAAGGGGGGUGAGGUGCCCUCGCCCUUGCAGCGAAACGUUGGAGGAGGGGGAAACGUGCCGGUGCGCUUGUGCUACUUCGUCAGCGCGGUCACUGCACACACCUGUCGGGCAUAUUCCUCUCCAAUGUGCAUUCACUGCCCAACAAAAUUGAUGAACUCCAGCUGCCGAUGGGGAAACGCCGAGACUGCGCCACAUCUGCAGUUUUGUUUUACGGAGACGUGGUUAUAUGGAUCGAUACCGGACUCUGCACUGCAGCUGGCAGGCUUCCAACUCUUCAGAGCGGAUCGUAACACGGAACUCUCCGGCAAGACUAAAGGUGGUGGAAUCUGCUUUUACACCAACAGUGGCUGGUGUAACGAUGUGACAGUGAUUCAACAGCACUGCUCUCUUGAUCUGGAAACUUUUUUCAUUAACUGCAAACCCUUCUACUCGCCCCGUGAGUUCGCCUCAUUCAUUCUGGUCGGUGUUUACAUCCCACCGCAGGCCAAUGUGCAGGACGCACAGCGCACGCUCGCCGACCAGAUACUGCGUGUGGAGCGGACAUACCCGGACUCUUUAGUUAUUGUCCUCGGCGACUUUAACAAAGGUAACCUCACACACGAACUCCCAAAAUACAGACAGCUUAUAAAAUGUCCGACCAGAGAGGAGAAUAUUCUGGAUCACUGUUACACCCCUAUCACCAACGCUUAUCAUGCCGUCCCCCGGGCUGCAUUGGGCCACUCUGACCACGUAAUGGUCCAUCUGAUUCCUGCAUACAGACAGAAACUCAAACUCUGUAAACCGGCUGUGAGGACAUCAAAGCAGUGGAGCAGUGAGGCUGUGGAGGAUCUUCAGGCGUGUUUGGAGACUACUGACUGGGAUGUUUUCAGGACUGCCACCACCAGUCUGGAUGAAUACACAGAGGCUGUGACUUCAUAUAUCAGUUUCUGCGAGGACUGCUGCAUACCAUCACGCACCAGGGUGAGCUACAACAACGACAAACCCUGGUUCAGUCCAAAACUCAGACAGCUGAGGCUGCAGAAGGAAGAGGCAUUUAGGAGCGGGGACAGGGACAGGUAUAAGGAGUCAAAGUACAGGUUUAGUAAGGCGGUGAGGGACGCUAAACGGCUGUACGCUGAGAAUCUCAAACAACAGCUCUCAGCCAACGACUCUGCAUCUGUCUGGAAGGGGCUCAGACAGAUCACCAACUACAAACCUGAACCCCCCCCCACUCUAUUUGAAAGACAAUGGGACAGUCCUAACACCAACACCAUCCCCUACUACCACCAGCCCCUGCCCACCUGCAUCCCCACCCCCACCUCAGCGGGGGCCUGCCCUCACCCCAAACCUCCCACAUUGAAGGACCCCCCUCCGUCAACUACCAUGACACUCUCCAUCCAGGAGAGGGACGUAUCCAGUCUAUUAAGAAAAAAAAAAAACGCAAAGCAGCUGGACCCGACUAUCUUUCCUAGCAUCCUGAAGCACUACACAGACCAGCUGUCUCCUGUGACAUCUUCAACACCUCGCUGGAGACAUGCCAUGUGCCUCCCUGCUUCAAAACCUCCACCAUCAUCCCCAUCCCCAAAAAGACAAGGAUUUCAGGCCUCAAUGACUACAGACCUUUUGCGGAUUACACAACCCUCAUCGGAGUCUCACAUCUCACAUGGGGACGAGUCCGCCUACAGGUGGGAGAUCGACCGUCUGGUGUCCUGGUGUGCAGUCAACAACUGGGAGCUCAAUGCGCUCAAGACAGUGGAAAUGGUUGUACACUUCAGAGAGAACACAGCUACCAUCACUACCACCUACUCCCAGCACUUU